AUGAAGAGCAAGAGAAGCAGAACUAGCGAAGGAGAGAGGCACAUCGUUAGAGAGGACCCGUGUUCAUCACUCCGCUUCCGCCUCUGCGCGAAGCCGUUUACGCAGGGCCUGCAUGUUUGCCAUGCCACUCACGGUCACGGUGUUCGCCAGCCCCAGCACGGCGCCGCAGCGCACGGAGAAGCCCUCGUCGCCGUAGCCCUCCACCCAGCCCCCGCGCGUCGGCGGCGGGUCCGUCGGCAGCUCCGGGAGACGGCCGCCGCGGUCCCAGCCCUGAUUCGUCAAGUGGUACAGCACAACCCUCAGGUACCGCCGCCCAAACGGAGUCUCCUCAAUCUCCUUCUUCACCGCCGCCACAACGCCUUCCUCCCUCUCCUCCUCCGCCGUCUCGCUCUUCACGCCGCCUGA